AUGAGAUCAAUGCUGAAUCACACCGCAAGUUUCAUCGCCGAAAAAAGGUCAGAAUUUGAGAAGAAAAUCAUGUCCGUUAAUGUGAACGACGCGAUAUUCAACUUUCUUAGAAGCUCAGAUCCUCAUCACGCAUUUUACCAGCAAAAAAUUACUGAAUACCGUGCUCGGAUUCAAGCUCAAUUCAGGGUUCCUCCUAAGGUUACUGUAACACUUGCACCAGUUCCUCAACCACCGCGUGAGGAGCUUGGUAUUAUUAAGCUCACAGCGCAAUUUGUGGCGCGGUAUGGGAGAUUUGUUAUGUUUGAUUUGAUGAAGAUGAAAGACCGCCAAUUCGAUUUUCUGAAUCCAAAAGAUUAUAGGUUCAAUUUUUUCACUAAAGUUGUUGAAUCGUAUGCGAAAGUAAUGAAGACUCCCCAAGAUUUUAAAAAGACUCUGGGAGAGAAUGUCAAUGCGACUACGACCAUUCUUGAGGGUUUUUUUAGGUUGUCUUCAACGGUAGGAAGAAGAGAAGAGAAUGAAAUAUUGGAAAUGACUGAGAGUGAAUGGGCUCGUAUUGAGUCGGAAUUUUUUUGCUAA